AUGAUUAUGUCCCCGGCCUCGAGCCCAUCUUCCAUGAUGACCCCAGAGUCGGAUACAGGAAGCCCUCUAUCCAUGUCGCCCUCUAUCCACGUCUACGACCCUCGGGCUGUAAUCCGUCAGCUACUGGAAAAGUACACCAAGGAAGACCUGAACCGAUUAGUGGAGGAGGAGUCGUGUGUAAGCCCAUCCGUACAAGGUCAGCUCCCGGAAGGAGGAUUCACCGGGCCCCUUUUUGGCCCGGACAGAGACGGAAUACAGAGUCGGACCACGCAUCAAAGCCAAGGCCCGAGGCCCGGCCGCUCGCUCUCAAGCAACGCAGCGUCACACAGGUCACGGCGGCAAUCUACGGCGGAGCGUGGAAGCGCAGUUGUUCCCAUGGCCCAAAGGCUCGACUACGCCUGUGGGUUCUGCGCAGAGGAGAACAUCCGAAAGACUUGCACUCGCCGAAAUGACCUCCGACGACACAUCGAGAACUUCCACAAUAGCAACGCCAUGUGGUUCUGCCAGCACCCCGGGUGCAGAAUGGCCUACGACUGGCAAACGGCCUACCAGAACCAUCUUCGAACGGCGCAUGGGCGAUCGCACAUGAACGUUGACGAGGCCAAGGUGAGGCUGUGCCCCCAGACAGUAUUCGCUUGCGGGUUCGAGAACUGCACCCAGGUAUUCGAGGCACCCAACGAAGACGACACCGCGGCAACGCUGAAGGAGUACUCGGGCCACAUCGUCAAGCACUUCGAGGAAGGGUCCAACGGCGGCCGCUGGACCUACUCCGCCAGAAUCCGCAACCUGCUGCGGCAGCACCAAGUCUCGGCGUUUUGGGACAAGGCAUGGCCGGACAUGGAGAGGCCUCAGCUCGAAUGGGAGCCGCAGUCGAGCAUGGCCGCUCGGAAGACCCUCGAGGCCGCCCACCUCGAGAACCUGCCCUUCUUGAUCCGUUCCAUCAUCAUGCUGGGAUCCAGCCCCGGGGACUUCGGCAGCCUUGAAGGCGAGCUCGAGCCGCCGGUGAGGAGGAGGUGCCCCAAGGCUCAGUUCCAGCACAGGCUGUCGUUUGAAGCCCACGCGCGGAGCCCACAGCUUGCCGCGGAACGGGACAGCAUGAGCCAGUUCGAGGUCUCUGGCGGCAUCGGGGUCGAGUAUGGGCCGUACGCCAACAUCCAGCCGGGCUACCAUGUGCCUCGCUCGAUCGAGCUCUUCGCCAACGGUGCUGAGCAGACCGUGGGCCAGGGUCAAGUCCAGUUCGCCGACGCCGCCGCAGCAUCCUUGCACCCGUUGACUCCGUCGCAGUUGUUCUACCAAGGGGCAGCAGAAUCGGCCUUGUACGGUCCGUCCUCCUCGCAGAUGAUGUCCACGGCCUUGACGCCACAUCGCAUUGCUGUAGGACAAGACGCCGAGCCGGUCGCGAGCCCGACGGGGGUCUUCCACGGAAUACACCAAGUGUCGGGCAUUCCGGGCGCCAUGGACGUGGACAUGAACAACAACGGCAGCAACGCGCAUGCGCAUGCUGCUGGCGCCGUCUGCGUCUCCAACGACCGGCGUGGCAACUGGAUGGGCAGCUAUGCGCCCAUGGGCAUUCACAAUUCACUGCCGGCAGACGGGUAUGACAUGAGCAGCAAUCCGGUAACCCCGGAGCACAGCCUCAUGGCUGGACGGUACGGAUCACCGGCAGGGUCCCUAUGA